AUGGCUCCGAAGUUCAAGGAUGGUGACGUCUUGCUCGCCUUCUCUGGUAGAUGGGUGUCCUGGGUGCAUACCGCAGCGGCAUACGCUGCUUUCAUCAGCGCGCUCAUUGUCGGCUGCUCACUGCAUUACCACAAGAUUGUAGAGAAUGAAUACUACGGCUACCCUCAGGAAUGGUUCCCCUCCGUCUCGGCCACGAUAGGUGACCGGUACCCGGAACGCUCGUUCUUUAUGCUGUUCAUAGCGAUUACAUCAGGGCCUCGAUUUGUGCUGGUUGGUUUAUGGUACCUCCUCACGGCUCGACCAAACGCGACACUGCCAAAAUUCGUAGCAGGAAUGGGACUUUUCCGGACUUUGACCUGCGGAGGAUGGACAUACGUUACAUCUACAGACGACCAUGACUGGCAUGACAUUUUCAUGAUCUCAUACUUGGUCGCGACACUGCCGUGGACGUUGGGCUGCUUGGCACUAAGUCCACCAAAUGCCAAAGCCGUCAAAUAUAGGAAAUAUCUCGCAUCCGCUUUCUUCGGCACUCUCGUACCCCUGAUCUAUUUUUUCAUCCAGCACAAAGUCCACAAGGUUGCAGGAGCCUACACCACAUAUGCAUUCUUCGAGUGGGCCCUGGUCUUGUUUGAUGUUGGAUUUGAUUCUAUUACAGCCCUCGACUUUGACACCUUUGAAUUGGUUAUCAAGGACGUGAAGGGAGCGAGCAAGGGAAAAGAGAAAAAGAUGGGCCAGGUUUUCACCCAGGCGUUUUCUUGGUCAGAAGCUUUGGAUUCGGCUGCAGAUGUUUACAAUGGGUUUGUGUUUUGGUCAAUGUUGACUUCCCUGGGCUUGGUGGUUUGGUGCUAUGAGGUGAUGGUCAUGUCAACCGUAUCACCCUUCAUGCUUGCUAUUCCUAGAUUGCGCUCCUUGGUAUUGAAGAACCUCAGAGCCUGCCACUUCUCCGCGCUUGCAGGUUUAUUGGCAUACCAGGUCACAGAUCCAGUAUCUAGACUGUUUAUCGUAGGGUUUUCUGUCUCCAUGUCCAGCCUGUCAUGGGCGGCUACUUGGUACUCGGAGUGUGGACAACCGGGCCGCUUGGAGUCGAAGAUAUCAGCAUGGACGAUUGGGCUGAUCGCAUCCACGGUGGUCAAGUUCGCUUGGCAGACGAGCAACCCAAUCUGGCCAAUAACGCACGCUGAAAACGGAGGGUGGAACGGUGUUGGCUUGAUUCUUGCCAUCCUGGCAGUGAUUCGAUCAACGCGCCAAACUCCUGCCGCUGGGACUGAUCUGGCGAUACAGGGACAAAAAGAAGGGUCCUCAGUCUUGGCAGCAUUUGGUAUUGCUGGAUUGGUCUUUGGCUUGCAUUCUUUGCUAUCAGACUCAAGUACCAUGAUCUUGUGGGUAUGGGAAGGUUACCCUGUCCGUGGUCCGAUUUCUGCUCCUCACGGCGCAUGGACGAUUGCUGCUAUGGGAGCUGGCCUCAUCUUGGGUUUGUUCAGCGAGGAAGCAGCUCGAAGCUGGAGCUUCUACGGAAUGGGAUGUGUUGGUGCUGCGCUGGUGACAAAGUACAGUAAUUGGACAGGAUAUUACGGCGCCCUGAUCCUGGCAGUAUACUUGAUGGCAGCAACAGUCCCAUUGAUUGGUUCGGCGGCGAGGAAGAGCCCAGCGAUUACGUUCGGUCUCGGUUUCCUGUUGUACAACUUCCUGGUCUUGUUCCACGUAUGGGUCGUGGCCUACGCUUUCGUCCCUGGAGGACCGCUUGUUCGCGAGCAUACUGACUGGGUGAUGACUACUAUGAUGCUCUUCAUCGGAUGCGGUGUUUUCUCGUCGGUGUCGUCGUCUCCUGCGGCUCAGCGUAAGCGCUUCAAUGCGUAUCUCAACUCUCGCAAGCAGCGCUCCUACUACCUCUACGUCCUUGGUCUGCUUCAGCUUCUUUCCGUCUCGGUAGCAUACCUUCGAUUCCCGACAUAUGAUUAUGUCCCAUAUCACAAGGACGACAAGGUCCUUACCGCAGGAAUAUGGACCGUUCACUUCUCCCUCGACAACGACAUGUGGUCGUCGGAGUACCGAAUGAGAGAUCUGAUCAAGGAACUAGAAAUCGACGUCAUCGGUCUGCUCGAGUCAGAUCUCCAACGCAUCAUCAUGGGCAAUCGGGAUACGACUCAGUUCCUCGCUGAAGACCUUGGCAUGUACGUCGAUUAUGGUCCAGGCCCCAACAAACAUACCUGGGGGUGUGCUCUGCUGUCGAAAUUCCCUAUCAUGAAUUCGACGCAUCAUCUGCUCCCUUCGCCUGUUGGUGAGCUAGCCCCAGCAAUCCACGCCACAUUGGAUGUCUACGGUGAAAUGAUCGAUGUAUUCGUCUUCCACUCCGGUCAAGAAGAAGACCCCGAAGACCGCCGUCUCCAGACCGAGUACCUCUCCAAACUCAUGGGCUCCACACCCCGCCCAGCUAUUCUCCUCUCGUACCUAGUAACGAAGCCAUUGGAAGGUAACUACAAUACCUGGGUCUCUGACACCAGCGGUAUGCACGACAUCGAUCCCACCGACUGGGAUAGGUGGUGCGAGUACAUCCUAUACAAGGGGCUCAAGCGAACAGGAUAUGCGCGUGUAAGCAGAAGCACGAUCACAGACACUGAGCUCCAGGUCGGCAAGUUCAAGAUUGGGGAGGUGGCCAGUGCGGAUCCGAGUGUGCGCGAUGCGCGCAUCAGCGAGCAGCAAGUCCCUGAAGGCAUGCGGUUCCCGCAGCUGUUUAGGGGCGAGGGCGUGAGAGGGCACGCUUACCACGUCUUUGACGAGCCUAGAUACUUUACCGGAUAA